AUGUCGCCUCGCACCUCGUCCGCCCCCGCGGCCGCCCCCCCCUCCCGCCCGGCCUCCACGUCGACGUCUUCGAGCGGCUGCCGGUCCCGUUCGGGCUCUCGCGCUACGGCGUCGCGCCGGAUCACGCCGACGUCAAAAACGUCGAGCGCCCCCUCCGCGCGCUCCUGCGCGGCCCCGAUGUCUCGUUUGUCGGGAACAUCGAGGUCGGCCGCGGCCUCCCCUUGGCGGCGCUGCUUCGCCACUACGCGGCGGUGGUGCUGGCGACCGGGGCGGGCGCCGCGCGGCCCCUGGCGAUCCCGGGCGAGGCCCUCGCGGGCGUCUGCGCCGCCCGGGCGGUGGUGGACUUCUACAACACCCUCCCUUUCCCCCGCGGGCGGCCGCGGGUCUGCCCGUUCGACCUCCACCGCACCCGCCGGGUGGUGGUGA